AAGCUGAUGGAUGAUGAUCGACCAAUCUUCGCCACAGCGUUGGGGAAGCAGAAACGCCAGCGUUACGUGAUGAAGGACGGCAAAUGCAAGGUCAACCUGGGGGACAUCGGGGAGAACAUGCGCUUCCUGUCUGACAUUUUCACCACCAUUGUCGACCUGAAGUAUAGAUGGUUCCUUUUCAUCUUCACCAUGUGUUACAUGGUGACGUGGGUGCUUUUUGGCAUCGUGUAUUUCCUGACUGCAUUUAUUUGGGACGACCUAAACCACCAAGGCGAGGAGGACUGGGAGCCUUGCUUUGAGAACGUAGAUAGCUUUGUCUCUGCCUUACUCUUCUCCGUUGAGAGUCAAAGGACCAUUGGCUACGGCUCGCGCAUGGUGACUUCCAAUUGUGUGACGGGGCUCCUGAUGCUCAUGGCCCAGUCCAUCGUGGGGUCCAUGAUCGACGCAAUGAUGGUGGGCUGCAUGUUCGUCAAGAUCGCCCGCCCCAAAAAACGCGCCGAGACCCUAAAGUUCAGCAAACACUGUGUGGUGUCCCACAGGGACAAGAAGCUCCAGCUCAUGUUCCGUCUGGGAGACUUGAGGGACAGUCACAUGGUGGAUGCCAAGAUCCGAGCCAAGCUCAUCAAGUCCAGGCACACCGAGGAAGGGGAAUUCAUCCCUUUGGAGCAAUCGGAAAUCAACCUUGGCUACGACACUGGCAAGGACAGGCUCUUCCUUGUAGAACCUCAGAUCAUCUGCCACCACAUCAACGAUGAGAGCCCCUUCUGGGAGAUGCGGUCCGAGACGUUGAGGCAGGAGCAAUUUGAGAUCAUCGUAAUUUUAGAGGGUAUCGUGGAAUCGACUGGAAUGACUUGCCAGGCCAGGACAUCCUACACAGAGGAUGAGAUUCUGUGGGGUCACCGGUUUGAGUCAUGCAUCACGAUGGACAAAGGCGCCUUCAAGGUCGACUACAACCUGUUUGACAAGACGUUUGAGUUGAAUAUACAACCGGGCAGCGCCAAAGACAUGGAGGAGGCGAAGGAACUGGAGAUGAAUGAGCAAUCUGUGCUCAGCCUGAACUGGGAUCACCUGGCACUCACCUGCCCUGCCGCUCAGCAUAAGGAAGACUACGAUGGAAAUCUGGCUUCCAUGAUUCACAAUAUCACGGAGGAAAUGAGCGUGGACGUUAAGGAGUCCGAUUUGGAGAUAUAAUUCCACCGCAUUGGUGAUCAGGUCUGACUCUGAAUCCAAGUGGGGAUUAAAAU